AUGUGGCAAGAAAUGCGAAAGCACGAAAAGAAACUUCGCGGAAUGAUUGUUGAUUAUAAAAAACGAUCAGAACGACGGAAAGAAUAUUACGAAAGAAUUAAACGUGAUCCAGCAGAGUUCUUACAAAUUUGGGGCCGACCAGCAAAGAUUCAUCUAGAUCCAGCGGUCGCUGCUGCUGCUGAAUCGACAUUGACACCAUGGCGUGAUGAUGAAAGUACACUAAUUGAUCGAUUUGAUGUUCGUUCCCAUUUGGAUAUUAUUGAUGAAUAUUCUCUAAGAACUCAACAAGGCUCCGAAUCGUUAACUGAAACGGAACAAAAUGAGGAACGUUUAUGUAAUUAUGAACGUUAUCGAGUGUUAAUUCAUAACGAAUCAACGGGUGUUAGCGAAGAACAAUGUUUACGUGAUAUUGAAAAUGAUGAAAAAUUCGGUGCACUUCGAGAUGAACAUCCAGCUUCGCGAGAAGCGAAAAAGAAAAAGAAACGAGCGUCCGACAAAUCCAUUGGGAAAAAAGCAGAAAUCGGUUUCGCUUAUGAUGAUGCGCCUGCGACAACAUCAUCGAAGAAAUCAAUACUUGACGAUAGUGACAACGCCGAUGAUGACGAUGAUGAUUUAGAUUUAGACAUUGAAAUCGAUGUCGCACAGUUAACCAGUGAAAACAAAGCAUCGUUAAAUAAAGUCGCUACACAUUAUGGAUUAGCUUUUGGAGAUUUUGCACGGUUGUUGAUUCUUGAUCGAGAAGAAAUGCAAAUAAUUCGAGAAAAUAAAUUGGAUAGAGAACAAGAUGUGCCGGGAAAGGGCCGUCGAGGACGUCGUGAACGUCGUUUAGCAAAGGAGAGACGAAUCAAAGAACGAGAAUUUUGUCCACCGAAUUAUCUUAAUCGUGAAACUCCGAUAUUACCUGUUGUGCAAGCGAAAUCAAAAUCUCGUUCGCCAUCGCCUGUGGAUAACACACCAGUGAAAGAGAAGAUCGAAUUUAUCACUGCGUUUGGUGAGGAUGAUGCGUCGAAAGCAAAUGAAUUGAAACGCAAACGAUCUUUCGAAAAGUCUCUACUCGAUGAAUGCCGAGAAGCGAAGAAGAAAGCUGAUCCACAAGUGAUUUCCAUUCGCACUCAUCGUCUAGCCACACCACCACGAUUGCCAGAGCCAACCACUACAUUUGUUCCUUGCCGAACAAUACAAAGAAAAAGUCAAGUUCUUUUAUCAACAUUACAGAAAUUGAAAGAAGAUUCAUCACCAGAACGACAUGCUUUAUCUGACGAUGAAAUUCCAGCAAUCAAAAUCGUUAAAUUAGAGAAGAAAGAAGAAAAUCUGAAUAGUAAAAAAGAUAAUGAAGAUGAAGACGAAGAAGAAGACGACGAUAAUUAUCUUCAACAAUACCUCAAACGAAAAGAAGCUCGACAACGCAAUCAAGAUUCAAGUGCAACAUCAGUCGCACACAAAGAACAGAAUGGUUCUAACCCAUUAUUAUCAUCAUCAUCUUCAUCUAAGAGUUCGUUGGUUAAAACACCUCAAGAGAAACUUCGUCGUCGAAUGCAGACACUUCUGAAAAAACAAUUUCAAAAGGACAAAGAUCAACAACGUGAACGUGAGGAACGAGAAGAGAGAGAACGCGAGGCUCGAGAAUCCGAAUUGCGUCAGUCUUUUGGAAAACAUCGCCAUCGUCGUUCACACCAUCGUUCAAGUAGUCGAUCGAGAUCCCGAACAAGAUCGAGAAGUCGUUCACCAACACCUCGUCGUCCUCCUCCUCCCUCUCGUCGUCGUUCAACUUCGCGAUCUUCCUCGUCGUCGACAUCAUCGUCGUCUUCAUCUUCAUCUUCAUCAUCAUCAUCUCGACAUUCAUCAAAAAAUCGCAAUAAGAAAAGAUCGUCAGCAGCUAAAUCACGUUCACCGACGCCUGAAUUUCUACGACAACGUUUUCGUCGCAAUCAUCGUCGUCGUGAAUCGUCGUCUUCGUCAUCCUCAUCUUCAUCUAAAUCCAACAGAAAUUCAUCAGGAAGAAAACGAACUGAUCAUAAAUAG